AUGUCUGCGUUUCGAUCUUUGGCUCCCUCGAAUCAGCAAGCAGAAUCAUCUUCUUCCUCUUCUGCAAAAGUCAUCAACGAUUCGAGCACCGGCGGAGCUACUCCUGCUACCAGUGGGGGCACCAGCGGAGCAGCUGGAGGUGGUGGUGGUGGCUCUGGCAGUGGUGGGGAUGUACCUCAACGCAAACGGCGCACUGCCGGUAGCGUGUCCACUAUGGCCUGUACUCCUUGCAGGACGGCCAGGCAGAAGUGUGACGGGACCAGACCAAAUGUUUGCGGUAGAUGUGCAGCACGCAAACUGAGAUGCGUCUACGAGCCUCAUACCAAAACGCAUAAAGACGACCUCAUCAAGGAAAUCGAGAAUCUGCGACAGAAUAAUGCCAACCUUCAGGAUCACAACCGUGAAAUAAGAGACGACGUCCAUACUUUGGACGCAGACAACAGAAACUUACGGGAAGAAGGUGCCUGGCAAAAGACGAUACUGGAGACCAUCGGGAGCAAUGGCCACGACCGGGAGAUCAUCAGCAAACUUCGUAGGGGCGACUCGCACCAGUCCAUCGCUGAGUGGCUCCAUCGAGAAAAUCCAGACUUCGCACACGGCCUUGAAGCGCCAACCACUCACCGUAGGUUGAUCGAUGUAGUCAAGCUUUACGAAGCGCAAUGCCAGCAGGAUGACGGUCUGAGUCGCCAAAGCUCCAGUCCAUCAGCAGCAGAGAUCCCAUGGACCAAGGUCACCAUAAGUCACAAGCUCAUCGGGCACCUGUUCGAUCUCUACUUCACUUGGGUGCACCCGGUCCACAUGCUUUUCAGCGAAAUAGAUUUCAAACAUGACUUCAGGGAAAACAUGCACACCAACUGUUCAGCAUCCUUAGUCAAUGCCAUUUGUGCGAUGGGGUGUAACCUGCUCGAAAGUGAGGACGUUGGGGACAGACGUAACCGCAUAGAUGCAGCAACACUGCGAAAUGGCUUCAUGGACGAAGCUCGAGCAACCCUGGAUCCUUCCUCCUAUAGUUACAUGACCUCCGUACAGACGUUGGCAAUCAUGUUCCUAGUCGAAUUGAGUUCCGGCAAGGCGAGAAAAGCCAUCGGAUAUCUGAGAUCUGCAGUUGACAACCUGAAGACUAGCAAUGGACCUCAGCUCUCGGAAGAAGCGCACGAAAUCACAGUCUGGGGUCUCCAUACGCUCAAUACGGCUUGUGCUAGUAUCACAUAUCAGAAGCUUUACGCUCCGCCGAGGCCUCGAGAGGCUAUUUUCCGACACGUCAAUAUGGAUAGAGAUCACGCUCUGUGGCGUUUCUACCGACAUCCAGGUGAUGAGCGUGAACUUCCGACUCGACCAAGCUGUGCGAUCGUGGCAGCUUGCUAUCAAGCGGGGCUGUUCCGGAUUAUCGAUGAAAGUCUCAACCUGUACUGCGGUGCUCGAGGUAAUAUAUCAGCCGAAAAGUUUCUUGAAGUAUACAGAAGGUACAUGGACUGGAAGACGGACCUGCCGUCCGUGAUCGCGAACGUCGACGUGGCGGAUCAGCCCUUGCCGCAUAUACUGUAUCUUCACGUUCAAUAUCACACUGCUUUGGUGCAGCAUGUCAGCCCGCUUCUCCACUGCGGCUUGUUUUCUCCCGACGAUCAUGCUGAGUUGGUUCGUAUCGUUGUAUUCCACGCUCGAAGCAGCGUUGAACUCCUUGCACAUGCGAGACGCCUUUACUCGGCACGCUUUUCCAUGCCUCUGUUGACUUUUUGCCUUGUCCAUGUUUGUGAUGGUCUUGUGCGCUUUUCACCACAGGAGCCUCCAGCUUCAGAUACGGUGGCGUUCUGCCUGGAGGUAUUGCAGCAGACUAGUGCCGGAUUUGCGUUGUGCGGCCCACUUCAGUCACUCUUCUGCCAGACGGCUGAGGAAUGUGACGUACAACUCUCAGACGAAAUGAGAGCUAUCAUGGGUUCAUUCGACCACUAUGUUAUGGAUGACAUCCUGGAUACAUGUACCCGCUUAUCCUACACACAGCCGCUCGAUCAGAUUCUUCCUCGAAUCGACCCGGAAAUUGCCAAAGACUGGCCUGGAGAGUGGCAGCGACAGGUGGUGGCCGCGUUUGCACAGGGUCGGCGGGGUUCGAGUUCCAGUGGAAGGUAUAUGCAAAUUGGAAGCCUAUUGAACGACUGA